AUGAAUUCGAUACCUGAAAAUACAUUACUAAAUUUUAAAGACGAUACACUCGUAAGUGUCCGCAAGGAUUACGAUUUAGAAAAACCUGGAAGAAUGGAUGAAGCUGUAGAUAUAUUAGUGGAAUGGUUGAAAAAGCAAGAUCAUUUUGUAAAAAAGGAAUUCGCAAGGGAGCAUUUAGAGAGAAGGAUAAUUUUCUCAAAGGGAUCCGUGGAACGUGCGAAAGUAAAGUUGGAUAGAAAUUGCACGUUGAAGACUUUAAUGCCAACGUUUUAUGAAAAUAUUAACUUUAAAAAUGAUUAUAAAGAAUCAGAUACAAUUGUUGAUGCAAUUUUACCAAAACUCACCGAUGACCACUACAGAUGUUAUGCACUUAAAUGCUUUGCCAAACGCUUUGAUAAUGGUUUUACAAAUUACUUCCGUUUUUCUCUUGCUAUGAUCGAAUAUAUAUCAGCGCACGAUUAUUGCAAAGGUUUAAUAGCCAUUUUAGAUUAUAGGGAGACAAAUUUAAUUGAAAUGAUAAAGAAAAUCGACAUCACUGAAUUACGACAUUUUAUUACAUUAUUAACAGAAGGCUACGGAAUGAAAAUCAAAAGCAUGCAUAUCAUCCAUACUUCAAAAGCAAUUGACACUUUAGUGACGAUCUUAAAGCAAUGUGUUAGCGCGAAGAUUGGACAGCGCAUACAAGUACACAAGGACAUGGAAUCUUUGCACAAAUUCGUACAAAAAGAUGUUCUACCAACGGAAUUUGGAGGGGAUGAGAAAUCAAUAUUCGAAUUACAUGAUAAUUGGGUAAAUGAACUAAGCUCAGAAGAGUUUCAAAAAUACUUCGAAGCCAUAAAAGCAGCUACUACGAAUGAAAUGUACAGACAAACAGACAAAUUUAAUGACGAAUAUAUGGGCAUGGCAGGAACGUUCAGAACCUUUCUUGUAGAUUAA